AUGGAUGAGUUCUUGUCGAUGUGUAAUGCAGACGAAGAUGGAGAAGAACAGCUUUCAUGCGCUUCUGCUGUCGACCAGGAAAUCGCACCAGGUCAUGGUACUUCACCAGAGAGACCGGAAGACCCGGCACUUGAUGAUGAGGCUCCGCUGGAUCCAUCUGAGAUUCAAAGUCCAAAACUAGUCGAUUUGGAUUUUGCUGACACUCCUUCUACGUCUACAGAGUGCCGUCCAGCAGCUCAUCAUGCUGACGAAAGCGAUGACGAAUACAUAGAUGAUAAAAAGUAG